GAAUCUAUUAAGUGCAAAUAUUCAGGACAGAAAAUGGCGACGGCGGGGAGCCGGACGUCGUCGUUAGGCGGAUUAUUGGACCCCAGUAGCGGCUCAGGCACCGGGACCGGAGCCCAGGACAGUCCCAGUGGCUCCAGCGGGAGCAGUGUGUCGACCAGCAGCGGGAAGGUGAAGAGGAGCGCGGGCGAGAGCUCCCAGUGGAGGCGCAAGGUGAGGAGUGUGGAUCUGGAUAAGUGCGAGAGCGGCUCGGUCCAGUCCGCUUUACUGCAGCACAGCCUCGGCGACAGAACCAGCACUCAUCUGGGUGAUAAUAAUGGUGCUCAGGAGUGGAUGAGGAGCUGUUUAAAGAGUCCGAGCUCUGCUGAACAUGGAGCGACUUCUGCUGCGGUGGACGUGAACGCUUCACACAACAACAGCCGGGACAUGGAGAGCAAGGAGACCCUGCGCGGGCUGCAGAAGAUGGAGGACCGGCCGGAGGAGCGGCUGAUCCGGGAGAAGCUGAAGGCCACCUGCAUGCCCACCUGGAAGAGCGAGUGGCUGGAGCGGCGCAGCCGGAGAGGCCCGAUGGUAGUGAAGCCCAUCCCUCUGCGGGCCGACGGCACUGAGGCGGGCAGCGACGGGCACAGCUCGAACUCCUCUCACAGCAGAGGCCAUCGCAGCCCUUCUCCUGGACCCUCCUCGUCCUCCUCCUCCUCCUCCACAAGGACUGCUGGGAAGCCCGAUUCUCCUGGGCUGCGCAGACGGAGAGGCUCCCCAGUGCCUAGUGGCAGGGUGACGCCCCCCCGCAGAGCUCCCUCCCCUGAUGGCUUUUCCCCAUAUAGUCCCGAGGAGACCAACCGCAGGGUCAACAAGGUCAUGAGAGCCCGCCUCUAUCUGCUGCAGCAAAUAGGACCCAACUCAUUCUUGAUUGGCGGCGACAGUCCUGACAACAAAUUCCGGGUGUUCAUUGGUCCACAGACCUGUAGCUGUGGGCGUGGGACGUUCUGCAUCCACGUGCUCUUCGUGAUGCUCCGGGUCUUCCAGCUGGAGCCGUCAGACCCCCUGCUGUGGCGCAAGACCCUCAAGAACUUCGAGGUGGAGAGCUUGUUUCAGAAGUACCACAAUCGGCGCAGCUCGCGCAUCAAAGCUCCCUCACGCAGCACCAUCCAGAAGUUUGUGUCCCGCAUGUCCAACUCGCACACGUCCUGCACCUCCAGCGCCUCCCCAUCCAGCAACGAAAGCAGCAUGAAGGACGAGGAGGAGCAGAUGUGUCCCAUCUGUCUGCUGGACAUGCUGGAUGAGGAGAGUCUGACGGUGUGUGAAGAGGGCUGCCGGAACAAACUCCACCAUCACUGCAUGUCUAUAUGGGCCGAGGAGUGCCGGAGAAAUCACGACACAUUAAUCUGCCCUCUGUGUAGAGCCAAGUGGAAGUCUCAUGAUUUUUACAGUUAUGAGGCCUCAUCUACAGUGGAAAGCACAACAAACCACUCCCAGAGUCCAACAGCUGCUGCUGCUUCUUCCUCGUCUUCAUCUCUUCAGGCCGAGAGCUCCCGGUCGGGGCAGGAGGGCGACUUCUCUCUCCCACAGUAUGGAGUGCAGCACAUCCCGCAGACUUACACCGAGCUCGCCGAACCCUGGAUCAAGGUGUUUGGUCUGGAGCUGGUUGGCUGUCUCUUUUCCCGUAACUGGAACAUCAGGGAGAUGGCGCUCCGGCGGCUGUCACAUGACGUGAGCGGGGCGCUCCUGCUGGCGAACGGGGAGCACUCAUUGGCCGGGGCCGGGCCGGGGGCGGGGCUGGGCGCGGUGACCGGAGAGGUGGUGGUGGAGUCGUGCUGUAGUGUGCUCUCCAUGGUCUGCGCCGACCCCGUCUACAAGGUCUAUGUGGCCGCACUGAAAACCCUGCGAGCGAUGCUCGUCUACACCCCCUGUCACUCUGUGUCAGAGCGGACUCGUCUACAGCAGCUGCUGCGGCCCGUGGUGGAAACCAUCCUGGUCAAGUGUGCGGACGCCAACAGUCGCACCAGUCAGCUGUCCGUGUCCACUCUACUGGAGCUGUGCAAAGGUCAAAUGGGGGAACUCGCUGUGGGCAGAGAAAUCCUCAAAGCAGGCUCUAUUGGUAUCGGUGGAGUUGACUAUGUCCUGAACUGUAUCUUGGGCUCUAAAACGGAGGCCAAUAACUGGCAAGGCCUGCUGGGUCGUCUGUGUCUGAUCGACAGGCUCUUGCUGGAGUUUCCUGCUGAGUUCUACCCUCAUAUUGUGUCAGGUGGAGACUGCACCCAGGCCCAAAACCUUUCGGAGAGGUACCAGAAGCUGCUGCCUCUUCUAAGUUUUGCGCUGCAGUCCAUCGAUAACUCUCACUCCAUGGUGGGUAAGCUUUCUCGUCGCGUCUUCCUGAGCGCUGCCCGUAUGGUAGCUCGUGUGCCUCAUGUCUUUGUCAAGCUUCUGGACAUGCUCAACGUCACCAGUUCCACUCACUACGCCCGCAUGCGCAGGCGUCUUCUAGCCAUCGCUGAGGAGAUGGACAUCUUGGAAGCCAUCCAUCUGGGAGUGGACGACCUACAGACCGGGCACAGUUCGCUCUCCAAUGCCUUCAUCGAGCCCACCGCCCCCCAUAACUCCCCGUGUACGACUGAAAGGAACUCGCCCACCCAUGGUCUACAGCAGCCGGCCGCCAAGGUGCCGCUUUCAGGUCAAGCCAGUUCAACUCCUGUAGAUGAUAUAACAGAGAGACUCUCAAACAUCAUCACAAGCCCUGCUGAGUUUCCAAAGCCCCCUAUUCAGGCCCGAAACAGAUCUAGUCAAUGUUUGAACUCCCCCUCAUCCAGUCAACCCCCGAGCCUUCCUUCUCUGUCCAUGGCCAACGCCUCAGCCUUCCCUCCAGAAAACCACAAAGGCCUUCCACAGAGUUUUGUUCCCAACAAACUCCCCCAGUCCUCACUGAGUUCCCAGCGCAAGUUGCCAGUGCAGAAGGGAUUAAGUGGAGGUGCCUGUAGUGGGAAGGAGCCGGAGAAGCUGCCCUCCCCGGUGUUCACCCAAGCUCGACCGCUUCCCUCGAGUCACAUCCACUGGCCCAGACCCUCUCGACCCUCUCCACCUGACGGAGCUAAAGCUUUAAGCCCAGGCACAAAGAGCAACAUGAAACUGGACCUUCAGGAGGGCAGGUCCAGAGACGAGGUGUGCUGCAGUGGCGGUUCUGCUCUCAUCCCCAGCGAGGACACGGUCUUCACACCAGUCGAGGAGAAAUUCCCCGGCAUAGACGCUUCGGCCGAUCUCAGCUCCAGCAUGGAGGACCUGUUGGAGGCCUCCAUACCUGUGGCAGACAGCACCGUCACCUUCCAGUCCGAAGUGGCAGUGCUGUCACCGGAGCAGGCCAACACCAACGACGACACCUACAGCGAGGACAUGACCAAGAACCAGAAGUGCAAGGAGAAGAUGGAGGCUGAGGAAGAGGAGGCGCUGGCUGUGGUCAUGGCAAUGUCCGAGUCUCAAGAUGCCCUGCCUAUCAUCCCGCAGUUACAGGUGGAGAAAGGAGAGGACGUGAUCAUUAUUCAGGUGGAUACACCAGAGACUCUGCCUGGUCAUACCAAAGCAAAGCAGCCAUACAGGGAGGGCAAGGAAUGGUUAAAAGGGCAACAAAUUGGCCUGGGUGCCUUUUCGUCAUGUUACCAGGCUCAGGAUGUGGGCACGGGUACUCUGAUGGCUGUCAAACAGGUGACGUAUGUGAGGAACACCUCCUCGGAGCAGGAGGAGGUGGUGGAGGCACUGCGAGAGGAAAUUCGCAUGAUGGGUCUCCUUAACCACCCAAACAUCAUCCGAAUGCUUGGGGCAACUUGUGAGAAGAACAACUACAACCUUUUUGUGGAGUGGAUGGCAGGUGGCUCAGUAUCUCAUCUCUUAAAUAAAUAUGGCGCGUUUAAGGAGGGCGUGGUCAUCAACUACACCGAGCAGCUCCUACGAGGUCUCUCCUACCUCCAUGAGAAUCAGAUCAUACACCGCGACAUCAAAGGUGCCAAUCUACUAAUCGACAGCACGGGCCAGAGGUUGCGGAUAGCUGACUUUGGGGCAGCAGCACGUCUGGCUUCAAAAGGCACGGGUGCGGGGGAGUUCCAGGGUCAGCUCCUGGGAACCAUUGCCUUCAUGGCUCCUGAGGUGCUGCGAGGGCAGCAGUACGGGCGCAGCUGUGACGUCUGGAGUGUGGGCUGUGCUAUUAUAGAGAUGUCCUGUGCCAAGCCGCCCUGGAACGCCGAGAAACACUCCAACCACCUGGCACUCAUUUUCAAGAUUGCCAGCGCCACCACAGCUCCAGGCAUCCCCCCGCACCUGACCCCGGGCCUGCGGGACGUGACCCUGCGCUGCCUGGAGCUCCAGCCCUCGGACCGGCCGGCCUCCCGAGAGCUGCUGAAACACCCCAUCUUCAGGCACAGCUGGUAGACUACUGAAGCCUGCUCCUGCUGACACGCUCCUACUGCUAGUCUACACACUUUCUGUCUUUCACAAACAAAACACACUCAUUGCACAGAGCCCUGAAUGCUGUAUCCUCAAAACACCAUGUCUGCAUAAAAGUGCCAUUUCUGUUGUUAAGUUUAGAUCUCUGAUCUCCUGGAAGGCUGGAAAUCAGGUC